UUAUGGCCUCGGGGCUGAACGGAGUCCAAGCCAAGGUGAAGGAAAAGAUCCCACAGGCGCUUUUCAUACACUGUUAUGCACAUGCCCUUAAUUUGGUUUUAUCUCAAGGUGUAGCAAAAAUUAGAGAAUGCAAAAUUUUCUUCUCACACCUUUCUGGCCUGGCUGCGUUCUUUUCUAGCUCGCCAAAACGAAUGCAGCUGCUUGAGGAAAUAUGUCAGAAGCGACUGCCAGGAGUGGCAGCAACCAGGUGGAAUUUUGCAUCAAGAUUGGUGUGCACUGUAUUUGAAAGGAAGGAUGUUCUUAAGGAUCUGUUUGAUUACAUAGUUGACCACCAUGAUGAAUUUGAAGAUACUGCCAUACACAGUGCUGAUGGCUUCAUAUCAAACCUGCGCGACUUUGAAUUUUGCUUUCUGCUUUCAAGUUUUAGCGAAAUGUUUGCACGUGCAGAUGUGCUUUUCGACAUUUUACAGAAUAAGUCAUUUGACGUGCAGUUUUGUGUGGCCAGGGUGGAUGAGUUUUGUAUUUGCAUUGAGGGGCAGAGGGAACGUUUUGAUCAAAUAUAUGACGAGACUGUGCAGAACACCGGGGUGCCAACUGGACGGAAAGCCCACGGAGAUUCUCGCUCACACUACAGGAAGCUGCAUGAUGACAUUCUUGACAACAUUUUAAAUCAAGUGCAAAAUCGGUUUGAAGAUCACAAAAAACUUUCAUUCCUUUCCCUUCUGGACCCCCAACAGUUCACCAGCUUUAAGACUACAUUCCCUGAAACUGCCUUCUCAAGCCUGACAGACAGCUACGGGCCGCACUUUGACUUGCCACGGCUGAAAACGGAGCUGUCCGUGAUGUAUUCUAUGGUAGCUUUUCAGGGGAAGAGCCCAUCUGACCUCCUCCUCUUCCUCCAACGUAAAGGACUGUGUGACAGCAUGUAUCAGCUAUAUGCACUAACAUGUUUAGUUUUAACGAUCCCUGUCACCACUGCAUCUGUGGAAAGGGCAUUUUCCGCCCUCAGACGGAUAAAAACAUAUGUGAGGAACACCACAGGACGAUCCCAACUCUCUGCAUUAGCUUCCAUAGCUAUUGAAAAGCAGGUUCUCAUGGAUCUGAAAACCAGUGAUCAGCUUUAUGACCGGGUUAUUGAAAAAUUCAUCCAAAAGGAUAGGAGGAUGGAUUUUGUCUUCAUUGAGAGUUGUUUUUCCUUGGGCCAGCAGGAGGACUUCAGUGGGACAGGUGAUGGAGAGCCGAAGCCUGAGGGCAGAGAGGACAGUCCUGUGCAGCCAGGCAUCGAUAGGGAAGAGAGUGCAGACAUGGAGGAGGGAAGGACUGAAUCACUUCUUAUAAAGGAGGAGAGGCUGGAAGAGGACAGUGACCCACAGGGAGAGAUGAAGAUCAGGGAGGAGAGAGCUGUGGAGUCGAGGGCGGGUGGUGGGGAAAGAACUCCCAUUCAGGACACACAGAAUAAAGCAGCACAACACACAGAGGAGCUCACUGAGCAGCACAGGACCAGACACAGUGCUUGGGAGAGUGCAGACAUGGAGGAGGGAAGGACUGAAUCACUUCUUAUAAAGGAGGAGAGGCUGGAAGAGGACAGUGACCCACAGGGAGAGCUGAAGAUCAGGGUGGAGAGAGCUGUGGAGUCGAGGGCAGGUGGUGGGGAAAGAACUCCCAUUCAGGACACACAGAAUAAAGCAGCACAACACACAGAGGAGCUCACUGAGCAGCACAGGACCAGACACAGUGCUUGGGAGAGUGCAGACAUGGAGGAGGGAAGGACUGAAUCACUUCUUAUAAAGGAGGAGAGGCUGGAAGAGGACAGUGACCCACAGGGAGAGAUGAAGAUCAGGGUGGAGAGAGCUGUGGAGUCGAGGGCAGGUGGUGGGGAAAGAACUCCCAUUCAGGACACACAGAAUAAAGCAGCACAACACACAGAGGAGCUCACUGAGCAGCACAGGACCAGACACAGUGCUUGGGAGGUCAGUGGAUUGGAAACUGUCCUUAAGACAGAGCCAGAGAAUGAGAAUGUCAAGACGGUUCAACACACAGGAUCUGAACACAGCACAGGAAGACUCAACAGUUCCUGCCCUGAGCACUUAAUGUGUGAGAGAACUAGCCAACUGAGGACUUUUUUUACACAGGGGGGUGGUGAAACCGAGGCUGAUGAUCCGUCGUGUUCUUACGGUACAGAGACAAACUCUGAGAGCCUGUCGUUUCACUCAGAGCUGCAGUCGCUUGCUUCUACAGGCAAAGGUGCUGGGAACAGUCUGUCAUUCGGUUCUCUGGAUGUAAAACCAGAGGCUGCAAUGAUGGACUCCGUUUCCGCCGAGGGGGCUGAGAUGCAUACAGUUUGGAAUAAAGACGCCAUUUCAGGAGAAAUUCCAGCACAGCACAGACAGUACAGUGAAGACAGAGACAGAGAGGAUAUGCACCCAGGGAGUGUGGACAUGUGUGCCCCAUAUCCACAGCUGGCAGUGGGGGAGAAUACAGCACUGACACACAUCAUUGCCCCUGAUAUAAAUGCACGUGUUCCCUUUGAUAAAAAUUCCCCUGCAUCAAAGGGUAUGAAUACCCAGAGACUGGGCAGAAGAGAGAAACUGUUCAUUUGUACAUAUUGUGGGAAGGCUUUCAAUCGCCCAAAAAAGGUUGAAAUACACCAGAGAGUCCACACGGGAGAAAAGCCGUUUAGAUGUUCACUUUGCGGAAAGUGGUUUGCUGAAUCAGGUAAUCUUAAAAAGCAUCAGAGGGUUCAUACGGGAGAGAAGCCAUUCAGCUGCACACUCUGUGGGAAAAGAUUUGCCUGGAUACGUAAUCUCAAAACGCACCAGCAGAGAAACCAUACACCUGUGUGUAGUGGAAGAUGAGUUUCUUCAGUUAUGAUUGGUGAGAGGGGAAAAAACCUUAGCAACCAGUAAAUGUACAGUAUGUACAUGCUUACUAUCCAUGAUUCACCUUUAGACCAUCCUGUCUCUAGUGUGAGUUUUAUAUAAUUUGUGCUGGAUUUUGGCAUUGUGUGCAUGGAACAUUAUUUAAAUCCCUUUAGUUCUCCUAAUGUACACUGAAUUCACUAAUGAGCAGAUCACGGACAUCAAGUUCUCAGUACUGAAUAAGCUGACUCUGAAAAAUGAUGACAGUAAUGGUCAAAAAUCAAAAUGUGAAUGUAGAUCGUUAUUUAACUGUCCCUUUAGACUACUAAGGUCAUUCUACAUCACUCUACAUUGGAUAAAAUAAGAACCACACUUAGUAAUGUGUAUUAGCACCUUGAAAAUAAAGUGUGAUAUUUUUGUCAGUUUUAAAGGCCAGAGCAAGUUUUUGUUGCCUUUUUUAAAAACUAAAAACCCUGUAUAUGUGUUGUUUAAAAAGCAAAACAGGUGACAUUAAUUUCAAGUGCAAGUCUCGCCAAGCUAAGCCAGAAAUGUUGGGUAUAAAAAUUUGCGAGCAUUAGUGCAAUGCUCAGCGGCACAUGUGAAUGGGAAGAGGAGGCAUGUCUGCAGGAUCUGUGGGAUGAAACAGACCCAGUUUACACACAGUUGUAUACCUGUGGGUAGGAAUGGUCAGUAGCUCACCCCAGCAAAUAAUGUAAGGAAAUGUAUCUUCCAAACCACCCUUGAGCUUGUAAUUCCACACUGAGAAAGAACUUACUAUAUGCAACGCAUCCUGGGUGUAUCAUGUCAGUGACAGAAACAAGGGAUUCUGGGAGUUUACAAAACA